GCGACGGCAGCACCACCAGCCCGCGGGGCCGCGCCGGCGCCGGGCCCGGCUCGGGCUGCGGCGGCUCGGGCUCCGGCCGCGACAGCAGCCCGUCCAGCAGCGGCAGCAGAUAGUUCUGCAACAGGAAUGACUGUGAACACACCUCUGUGUUUCAGAGGAAAGAGCAUCCUGGCUCCAAUGGUGCGAGUCGGGACGUUACCAAUGCGUCUUCUUGCUCUGGAUUAUGGUGCUGAUAUAGUGUACUGUGAGGAGCUGAUUGACAUAAAGAUGCUGCAGUGUAAGAGGGUUGUAAAUGAAGUACUCGACACAGUGGACUUUGUUGCACCUAAUGAAAGAGUUGUUUUCAGAACUUGUGAAAGGGAGAGACACUGCGUUGUCUUUCAGAUGGGUUCAGCAGAUGCUGAAAGAGCAUUGGCAGUAGCUAAACUUGUGGAGAGUGAUGUAGCUGGUAUUGAUAUCAACAUGGGAUGCCCAAAAGAAUAUUCUACUAAGGGAGGUAUGGGAGCAGCACUGCUAUCUGAUCCUGCCAAAAUAGAGUCUAUACUGACUACUCUUGUUAAAGGAAUUUGUAAACCAGUAACCUGUAAAAUCCGCAUUUUGCCCUCGGUUGAGGAUACUGUGAAUCUGGUAAAGAGAAUAGAGAAAACUGGUAUCGCUGCCAUUGCAGUCCAUGGAAGGAAGAAGGAGGAGAGGCCUCAGCACCCUGUCCACUGUGAUGUGAUCAAAGCCAUCUCUGAAGCAGUCUCCAUUCCAGUAAUAGCAAAUGGAGGAUCUCAUGACUUCAUCAAGGAAUAUAUGGACAUUGAGACCUUCCAGAAAGCAACAGCUGCCUCAUCGGUAAUGAUAGCUCGUGCUGCCAUGUGGAACCCAUCUAUCUUCAGAAGAGAGGGUCUUUUCCCCUUGAAGAAAGUCAUGCAAGAUUACAUCAAAUACGCAGUGAGAUACGAUAAUCACUAUACCAAUACGAAAUACUGUUUGUGUCAGAUGUUAAGAGAACAGCUGGAAACUACUCAGGGUAAGAAGCUGCACGCUGCACAAUCUAUGCAGGAAAUCUGUGAGGUAUUUGAAAUGGCUGACUUCUAUGAAGAAACAACAACAGUUUUCACAGCUAAGAAAACAUCUUUAGAAACUAAGAUACAAGGUGAUGAUGAUGACCAGAUGGAAGAUCCAGAUGUAAUAAAAAUGGCUGUUAGAUUUGACAAGCGAGAAUAUCCACCACAGAUUACUCCGAAAAUGUAUCUCUUGGAGUGGUGUAGGAAAGAGAAGCACCCGCAGCCCAUCUAUGAAACUGUUCAAAGACCACUAGAUAGAUUAUUCUGUUCGGUAGUGACAGUAGCUGAGCAGAAGUACAAGUCAACUCUGUGGGACAAGUCAAAGAAACUAGCAGAACAGGCUGCAGCUAUUGUCUGUCUGAGAACACUGGGUGUCCCAGAGGGGAAGUUGUGUGAGGGAGAAAACCAACUGAUUAACAAACGCAAGAGGGAAGACCACGGUCUCUGUUAUUCAAGCACUCCUGGAGAUGAUCUUGCCGAACCUUCCCAUAAAAAGACUAAUUUUAUUGAAGGAGCUUCUGAUGUGAAUGGGCUUGAGACGCCACGAUAGCAUGAAAGUUAGAGGUUUCACAACUGUGCAGCUACAAAUUAGCUCUUAUUUGUAUAUCUUGCUGUUCAUAUUUCAUUUGGAUUCUCUCAGAGACAGAUAAAUUCCCCAGUUGUGCGAACUGCCAAUGAGAAAUGUUUACUAUUCACCGCUCACUAUCCCCAUGGUGCCUUUCGGACAGGAUAAAUUAGUGACUUGAUUUUAAAGAACAUUGAGAAGAUUAUCCCAAAUAAUAAAGUUUUUUUAAUAUCAA